AUGACAAGUAAUAAAAUUUUUCGUUUGAAUAAUUAAUAAUAUAUUCAUAUUUAUUUUUUUUAGAUGAUUCAUUUAUUAAUAUGCGAUAUAGCAAUUUUUCUACACCGUCAUUACAUAAUUAUCAAUCACACACAGAUUUUACAUCAAGUCUACCAUCACAAACACAACAAACUUUAAAUGGUUUUCCGCGAUUAGUUACUCCUCCUACUGAUCAUUCAACUUUAACAAUUGAACAUCAAAAAAAUAUUUUAAAUCGAAAUACUACGAAUAUGACUGUUACUGAAUUAACAUCAAUGAACAUCUAUAAUAAUAAUCAUUAUGAACCAUUAACACCACAAACACUUCCAUUUGAUACAUAUUCGCCACAAAGUUUAUCAAAAUCAAUUAAUAAUAAUAAUAAUAAUAAUAAUAAUAACAAUAUCAAACCAUUAAUACCAUCAUCAACAAAUGUUAUAAUGAAUACACAACCAACAACUAUAAUUUAUGCAUCUAGUUCAAUAAAUAAACCAACAUCAUCAUCAUCAACACUUGUUAAUCUUCUUCAUCAAAAACGUCCAUCAUCAUUAUUAGAUCAAUCUGUAUCAAAUAAUUCAUUAACAAAAGAAAAACAUACUAAAUCAGUCAAACAAACAAGAAAACAACCACAGAAAAAAACAUUAACUAAACAAUUUCUCUCUGUACAUGAUGAUAUUCAGCAUAUGCCAAAUCCAACACAAACAAUGUUAAACUAUCCUUUAACUCGUAAAGCUAAAAUGCAACAACGUGUUUUGUCGCGUGCAGCUUCGCAAGAAAUACCUAUGAAUAUACCACAACAAUUUACUAAUCCAUCAUCUUCAUUAACUAAUCAACAAAGAGCAUCAACAUCAACAGAUAUGUCUUACUUAAAUAAUGAUAUGAUAGUCAAUACGUCUCCAUUAUCAAGUCCAACUUCUGGACAAAAUGCUGAAAGUAAACGUCGUCGAAAUAUAAAAAAUGGUUUUGAAAGUCUUCGUUUAUUAAUCCCAGAACUUAGUGAUCCAUCAAAUGCAAAAAUAAGUAAAGCACAAAUGCUUGAAUGUACUGCAAAUCAUAUUCAACGUACUGUUGAUAUACGUAAUAAAAUGAAAGAAGAAGUUGAUUUAUUACAACAUGAAAAUGAACAAUUACAACAAAAAAUUUCACAAUAUCAAACAAGUUUACCUGUUGAUGGUAUACCUAUUAUACCAGCAACACGACGAUCACGUGAAGCAUCUUAUGCACUUUUUCAUGCAUAUGUUGCUGAUCGUACAAAAAAAAAUUGGCGUUUUUAUCCAUAUUCACUUAUACUUAAACGUAUAUUUGAUACAUUUCAAAAUAUGGUUACAUGUGAUUCAACUGAAGAAUUUUUACGUUCAUUAAAUGAAUGGAAAACAAAUUCACUUAAUCUUGUACAAUUACGUCAAGCAGCUUCACAAUCUGUUAUUGAUAUGGGACGUAUAACGUCAUUAAUUACAUCACCUGAAUGUGUACCGGAUGAAUGUGUUCAACUAGCAACCAAUGAUAAUCAAUGA